AUGGGUAAAACACAGAAGAAGAAUAGUAAAGGUCGUUUGGAUAAGUACUAUUUCCUGGCCAAAGAGAAAGGUUACCGUGCUCGUUCGUCAUUCAAAAUCAUCCAAAUAAAUGAAAAGUUUGGUCACUUCCUGGAGAAGUCGAAGGUCGUAAUCGAUCUGUGUGCGGCACCAGGGUCUUGGUGUCAAGUAGCCUCCAAACUUUGUCCGGUAAAUUCCCUUAUCAUUGGUGUCGAUAUUGUACCGAUGAAAUCGAUGCCCAAUGUGAUAACUUUUCAAAGUGACAUUACAACAGAAGAUUGCCGCUCUAAGCUGAGAGGAUAUAUGAAGACUUGGAAGGCUGAUACCGUCAUGCACGAUGGUGCACCAAACGUUGGUUUAGGCUGGAUCCAAGAUGCCUACACACAGUCACAUUUAACGCUACAAGCAUUAAAGUUGGCCGUGGAAAAUCUUGUGGUGGGUGGAACUUUUGUUACCAAGAUUUUCAGGUCUAAGGACUACAAUAAACUGAUCUGGGUUUUCGGUCAGCUUUUUGACAAGGUUGAGGCAACUAAGCCCCCAGCUUCGAGAAAUGUCUCCGCUGAAAUUUUUGUUGUGUGCAAAGGUUUCAAAGCUCCAAAAAAGUUAGACGCAAGAAUACUGGAUCCCAAAGAGGUUUUUGAAGAGCUGCCCGAUGGUCCCCAGAACAAUGAGGCUAAGGUUUUCAAUCCUGAGAAGAAGGUUAGAAAGAGAGAGGGUUACGAAGAGGGUGACUAUCUCCUUUACCACACGAAGCCUAUUAUGGAUUUUGUCAAGACUGAAGAGCCAAUCGACAUGUUAGGAUCCUUAAACAAGUUCACUGUGGAUGCAGAAGACCAUGAGUGGAAAAUUCUGAAAAAAUUGAAGCAGACGACGUCUGAGUUUAUGGCUUGCAUAGAGGAUCUCAAAGUUCUGGGUAAAAAAGACUUCAAAAUGUUACUGAAGUGGAGAAAAGCUGCCAGAGACAUCUUAGGUGUGGAUAAGGAGGAAGAACCAACAACGGAGGCUGUACCGUUGACUGAAGAAGAGCAAAUCCAGAAGGAACUGCAAAGUCUGCAGGAAAAGCAAAGGCUGAAUCAAAGGCGUGAAAAGAGAAAGAAGAAUGAGAUGAAGCAGAAGGAAUUAACAAGAAUGCAAAUGAACAUGUUGACGCCCGCCGAUAUUGGUAUCGAAUCAGCGGACAUAGGACGAGAUGCCAUAUUCAACUUGAAGAGUGCUGAGAAAACCGGUAUCCUCGAUAAACUAGCUAAAGGUAAGAGGAGAAUGAUUUUCAACCAGGAUGAGCAAUCAAACAAUGACGAUAUUCAUAUUGCAGACGACGCACCUCUUGGAGAACGUGACGACCUUGCUGAAGCCGACGAAUUAGAGGCACAGUUGAACUUCAUGUAUCAAAACUACAAAGAGAAGAGGGCCGAAAGAGACGCGAACUUCAAAGCCAAACAAGCCCGUGGCGGAGACACGGACGGUGAAUGGACCGGAUUCAGCGAGAAAAACAAUGGCUCCGACGCUGAAGAUAAGAAAGACCAUGUAAGUGAGGAUGAAAAUUCAGAACUUUCCGAUUCAGAUGACGAUGAAGCCAUUAAUAGGUUGAUCGCUAAUAUCAAAGCUCCAAAGCAUGCAUUGAGCUCCAAAGCCAGAAACCUAUUCGAUCAAUCCAUUUUUCAAGGUGUUGAAGCCGACCUUCCAACGAAGCCGGAAGUUCCUGUCGUAGGUGAUGCUGACAACGACCCAGCUCUCAAAGAAAGCGAAGAAGAAAGUGAAGAUGACGAUGCCGGUGCCAAUGACGAUGGGUUCGAGCUCGUUAGCAGAGAAGACGAAGAGGAUCAGAGCAUGGAUUCGGACUAUGAUUCCGAUAACGAGAAGAAGGAAGCAGAGAAAGGAAAACAUUCAGAGGAAAUUGACAUUGCGACUGUCGAGGCUAUGACGUUAGCUCAUCAGCUGGCCUUGGGACAAAGAACUAAACAUGAUUUGGUCGACGAAGGAUUCAAUAGAUACGCAUUCCGUGACAACGAAGGUCUGCCCGAUUGGUUCUUGGAAGAUGAAAAAAGUCACUCCAAAAUCAACAAACCUAUAACAAAGGAAGCCGCUCUUGCCACCAAGGAGAAGAUGAAAGCUCUUAAUGCAAGACCAAUCAAGAAGGUUGCCGAAGCCCAGGCUAGAAAGAAGAUGCGCGCUGUUGCUCGCCUAGAAAAGAUAAAGAAAAAGGCAGGUAUCAUCAACGAUGACGCUGACAAGUCAGAACGUGAUAAGGCGGAUGAGAUUGCAAAGCUGAUGAAAAAGGUCAGUAAGAAACAGGUGCGGAAACCUAAGGUGACACUUGUCGUGGCUACUGGUAAAAACAGAGGGUUGUCAGGCAGACCUAAGGGUGUGAAGGGUAAAUAUAAGAUGGUCGACGGUGUGAUGAAGAACGAACAGAGAGCCUUGAAGCGUAUCGCGAAGAAACAUCACAAAAAAUAG